CUUACAGCCCUCUGCAGUCUGCCCUACUGGCUACUCUUUUCAAGUCUUUUCAAACUUGGAUGCCGGUGCGGAAACACUGAGUGCGAAAAAAGUGUUAUUUACUGGGAUUUUCCUACGAAAGAGUUAAAAUGGACGCUACCCCUAGCACGAGCGGAAAUUGCAAGGAAUUCGUGAUUGGCAAGGAGGUGGUUAUUACGGCACAGGGAAGCCUGAGGGUGACCGACAAUGUGUUGCUGGAAAGGAGUGCAUCAGGGCGGUUACGGAGUUAUCGUCCUGAAACUAUUAGCGUCGCGGACGAUAUAAUGCUGAUAGACGAAAUGCCGCGGCCGGAGCCUUCCCUUAGACAGCGCAAUCGUUUUCCUGCGGAACGACACUACAAACCCGAUGAAGACGAUAUAUUUGACCCGCCACUUGCCGCGCCUCCUGCCGUGGAUUCGGGAAGUGAAGCGGAGGAGGACGAGAACAUAACAGCUAUAGAACAGCUUCAAGAAAUUUUGGAGACCGAAGAAGAUGAAGUCCUUGAUAAUACUUGGGAAGCAGAUAACAAUGUAUUUGAUUGGACGGAUGACUAUACUAGCUUUCGAGGCGUUCAAGAAGAGUUCCAUGAGAUUACUGGUUCCAAAAUUGAGGGAACACGCCCUUUAGAGGUGUUUACUCAACUAUGGGACGAGCCUCUCAUGGAACUGAUCAAAGCUGAAACAAAUAGGUACGCCGAAGAUCUAAUUGCAACUCAUUUUGAGACAGAGGAAGACUUACCACAAAAUAGCCGAUUGCAUCAAUGGUCCGAGACCACGGUAGCCGAGCUUUAUAAAUUAAUUGGGGUAAUGAUGAUAAUGGGCAUGUGUAUCAGGGGUCGAAUGGACGAAUACUGGAGCACCGGAGUCCUGGGCAUGCCUGGAUUCCGGAAAUUAAUGAGUAAGGGCCGCUUUCUACUCCUGAUGCGUGUCUUACAUUUCGUUGACAACAACACUAUAAGCGGCCGUGGUCCCGAGCGCAAGCUUGCAAAAAUUAAGCCUAUUUUAGAUUAUUUAAACAUAAAAUUUAAAGCCGCUUACACGCCUCGCCGAGAGGUCAGCAUAGACGAAUCGUUGCUGCUUUGGAAGGGUCACCUCAGUUGGACCCAAUAUAUUCGCACUAAAGCAGCACGAGUCGGCAUAAAGAGCUACGAACUCUGCGAGGCGGCUACCGGCUAUGUGUUAAAUAUAAUAAUAUACACCGGAAAGGGUACGUCAGCUGCUACAGCUGUUUAUGGCUUUACGUCCUCAACAGCCAAGAUAGUUCUUGAGCUUUUCAAGGACUAUCUUGGCAAAGGCUAUAAACUAUUCAUGGACAACUUUUAUAAUUCCAUUAAAUUAACCAGGUUCCUAAAAUCCCAGAGGACCGACGUGGUUGGAACUUUAAACCGCCGGUGUGUCGAUUGUCCUCAAGUAAUAAAAGAUCUGAAAGAGAAGCAGGUGCAAAGAGGGGCUGUGGAAAGCCGACACUGUGGUGACGUUUCCGUUGUCGCUUGGAAAGACGUGAGGCUUGUUACUACAGUGUCGACUUGCCACAACGCAAAUAUGGUUCGAAGGCGGCGAUCAGGUCAGGUAGUCCACAAACCGGAAGUUGUCCAUGAGUACAACCAGUUCAUGGGGGGUGUUGAUCUUAAGGAUCAGAAACUUUCUAUGUAUUCAUUAGAAAGAAAACGUGGUCUGAAAUGGUACGUGAAAGUCUUUCGCCGGCUCAUUAAUAUAUCUGUCCUCAAUUCGUAUAUAUUGUAUUGCUCCAACAUUGGCAAAAACAAAAAAAUGACGCACAGGCAAUUUCGUUAUAAGCUGGCAGAAGAGCUUUGUGCUCAGUUAGAGGAAAACUUGGUGAGUCGAGCAGCGCCCCGCCAUGCAGAGCCCUGUGACCGACUAAAUACAUCAGUUGACCACUUUCCUCAGCACAAAGAAGCUUCUAGAACAUGUAAUAAGCAAGUUCGCUUUCAACGAGGUAGUUGCGCCCGUUGCUUAGCGAAAAAGGAAAGGAAAGUUUGCAACAUACUAUGUAGCCACUGCAAAGUUUUUCUUUGUAUUGGCCAAUGUUGGAGAGAUUUCCAUACUUUAGAGACUCUUUAA